UGUGCGUGCGUGCGUGCGUGCGUGCGUGAGACACGCCAGCAGGUUUCUCUAUCAUGUCUUAAGCGCGCGUGUGUGUUUGUCUGAGAUUUCACAGAAAGAUUGAAGUUUAACAUCACGAGAACUGUCCUGCAGCACAGAUCACGAACACAGGCACGCGCACACGCACACACACAAACCUUCAGACGCGUUCAGUGAGAUUCAUUGGCGGGUCAGACGGGUUUGGUUCGGGUCGGAAUGCAGUCAUCAUCAGCAUCAGUAUUUCUCAUUGUUGUCUCAGGUGUUUCUCUCGCUUUGGGCUGUAAUAAAGCGUUGUGUGCCAGUGAUGUCAGCAAAUGUCUCAUUCAGGAGUUGUGUCAGUGUCGACUUCAGGAUGGGAAUUGUUCGUGUUGUAAGGAUUGUAUGAUGUGUUUGGGCUCUCUGUGGGAGGAAUGCUGUGAUUGUGUGGGGAUGUGCAACCCUAAAAACUACAGCGACACACCGGCCACCGCUAAGAGCACGGUGGAGGAGCUGUACAGACCCAUCCCGUCUCUGUUCAGAGCUCUGACGGAGGGAGACUCGCCCGUCAACAUGAUGGUCGUCUCUUUUCCUGUAGCUGAAGAGCUCUCCUAUCACGAGAGUCUGGUCUCUUUCCUGGAGACGAUGGACAACACGCAUCCGAACAUCUCGCUGCCCGGCAACAGCAUCCAUGCCAGCUAUGACAAUACUCAAGAUAAAAUGUGCACGGUUGUGUACUUUGAUGACUGCGUGUCUAUUCGUCAGUGUAAGCUGUACUGCGAGUCUAUGGGCGGUUCCAAGUAUCGCUGGUUCCACAACGCCUGCUGUGAAUGCAUCGGACCCGAGUGUGUCGACUACGGCAGCAAAUCGGCAAAAUGCAUGAACUGUCUGUACUGACCUGAGAUCAUCUUUAUAAGACACGUCACUUCAAUCAUGUACAUUUAAUUCCUCUUUUAUUUUUUUCACAUAAUGAUAUAUUUUAUAGUGUCCAAGCAAAGGCUUUUGGAUUCGUAUAUUUUUUAGACGCUUUGAUAUGGUCAGAUGUUGUUUCUGGUUGUUCACACUAUAAGUGUCACAUAAAUACUUUUGAUAGCAUACGGAGAAACACACAGUUUUAAUUUAAACUGUGAGAUCUUCUGAUGUUUCAUCUCAUCAUGUUUGUCCUCUGUCAGUCAUCUGCCUGUCAUUCAUCAUCAUAGCUUAAUUACUCUAUUAGAAGUGAAGCUAAAUGCACAGAUGAUUUUUAAGUUAACAGAGAAAGAGAAAGUUUGUUCUUUUGUUUGACAAAUACAUGCAAGUGAAGCAGAUAAAUCAAAUCACAAUUCAAAAGUAUUUUAAUAAAACAUGUCAAUGAAACUGGCAUGUGUUUGGAUUAUUGUGGAGUUUUUUUGCAGUAGAAAUGUUCUGUUAAAUGGUGAAUUUGUUAAAAAAAGAAAAAGCAAAGGAAAUGAAUGGAAAGGAAAUCAAAGCAUUGUAAAUGUAUUUUAUGUCACGUGAUAACAUGUCAGACACUCUUCAUCUGACCGACAUUGUCACUUGAAGAAACUGAAUUGAUCAGAAAAGACUAAAGAAAAAUUCCAAACAAAAUGUUAAAAUGAGGACUGUAAUGUCUAUCUCUGUGGAUAAAUAAAGACUGGGAAACAGAACCUUUAUAUUUAAGUCUUGAAGUGAAUCAUUUAACAUUCUUGUCUGAAAAGCAAAGAGAUGAACUAUAUCUAUCACUCAUGAAAAGUUUUGUAAGUUUGAUUUACAGGUGCUGGUC